AUUCAGUUGCAGAACGCAGACGGCCUAUAAAGAAGUCUCCGUGACCUCUCCCCUCGCAGCGAGGCGCGUGUCUUCCCUACCUAAUUCUGGAUGUAAAUGUAUAGUAGGGUUUCGAGCGAGUGGUUUAGCAAACUGCGAAAAUGCGAGUAGAAUGAAACUUGUCGAUCUUAAGGUUGUAUGGAUUCCAUCAAUAUUUGUCUUACUAGCUUUCUCUCUCCAAGCCUUCCAGUUGCAGCAUAAAGUGCUCUGUUUUCGAUAUUUUCAUCUCUGCAACAAUCCAUGUUCAGCUCUGCAAAUCUCAAUACUUGACAAUCCACAUCUCCUCGUGACACCUGUCUUGUUAUUCUCAAAUCUCACGUUGAGAUUCGUUUUGGACUUGUGUUUGUUGGAAGAAUAAAUAUAUUCUCCAUGGCCAAUGUUGGGUAUAUUGGCUCUUCAUUCCAUAGGCUUGGAAGGCACUGCCAUUGCCAUGGCGUCCCUCUCACCGGGCGUGCUCUCCAAGCUUCUGCAGAAUGCCGGAAACAAGGAUGCUAAGGUCACCGGAGAACACCGUUCGGCGCUCUUGCAGGUUAUAGAGAUAGUCCCUUCGUCUUUGGGACUGGGAGAUGAUCCUUGGCAGAACAGAGGCUUCUUCCUCAAGGUCUCCGAUUCGUUGCACUCCGCUUACGUUUCCGUCUCGGACGAGGACGCUGACUUGAUCUACAAUGACAAAAUCCAAUUAGGUCAAUUUGUAUACGUGUCUCGCCUGGAUUCGUCCUCGUCCUCUGUUCCGGUGCUUCUUGGCCUGAAACCUGUCCCGAGGAGGCGGCCCUGCGUUGGCAAGCCCGUUGAUUUGGUGUCUAGCGAUUCCCUUCCCAUUCGAUCGAGCGGCCACGAUUUUAAGAGUGUGAAUGCUUCGAAGACGACAAAGGACACGAGAAGGUUGAGUUUGGACACCGCCAGGAGAAUUUGGGAUCAAAAGACUAGUCCGACGACCAAGAAAGCCGCUGCGUCACCGAUUGCUUCUUCGCGUACCAAAUCAACGACUGUUCAGUGUGAAAAGAAAGCUCUUACUGCUAAGAAUGACUCAUCGUCCUCGAGGCGCUCAAGUGUUUCAGCACUGAAGAACAAAAAUGAGAUCAAUUCACCGAAAUCUACAGAGAAGCCUUUGAAGAAAGAGUUGAAGUCAUCAGCAGAGAGUGUGAUUCCCAGUUGUCUAGCUAAGGUACCUCUUAGUUUCAAGACGUGGUCCGAGAAGCCGAUUUCGUGGGAUGAGCUGCCACCAACUAUAUCCGGUCCUGGAAGGGAAGUUGUGUCUCACAGAAAUCUUGCAUUUCUUACUGCUGUGCGUGCACUGGAAGAAGCAUCAGCUGCCGAAACUGCCAUUCGUUGCCUGACAGCAUUUUCAGAACUGUGCGAGGUUUCUCAAGAGAUAUCUUCAGGAUCUCUAGUGGAGCAAUAUUUGGACCUCCAUGAGAGCAUCCAGAAAGCAGCAAUGAAGAUUAAUUCUGUACUCAGUACAGGGCUUAUUGAAGCAAAAUCAAGUGGUUAUGUUGACCAACUGUCUGAUGAAUGUAAGACUUUAAAAAAUAGGAAUUCCUUAUCUUGGAUUCAUGCUGCCAUAGAGACUAAUCUUUCUAAGUUCAAUCUGUUGAAGAUGCCAGAAACGAGCGGUGUUGUAAAUGGGGAGAAAUUUCAUUAUGUCAUUAUAGAGAAUAGCCUGAAGGAAUUGAAUUCUGAGAAUCAUUCUCCUCAACAGAAACAAAUUCCUAGAAGCCACGGUGGUGUCCCAUUUGAUUCAAGUUCGAAGGGCGCAUCAUCUCCUGCAAGGCGGCAUCUUUCCGUCACAAGGAAGUUGAAUCCUGCUAGGGAGAGUUGUUCUAAAGGGAGUGGAUUAAAAGAAGCAUCAAGUUUAGUAGAAAUACUGAUUUCGACUUCUCGUAAAUGGUUCUUGAAGUACUUGGAGGAUUCAUUGAAAACAGAAUUUGGGUUGCAUAGAAAGGAAGGAAAAUCUGAAAUCGGGCAUCUUUUAAGACAACUUAAAAGGGUGAAUCAGUGGUUGGAUGACUUUGUUGGUGGUGGGGUUGAGGUUGAUGGAAGAAUAGAAAGCUUGAGGAAGAAGUUAUACAGAUUCCUAUUAGAAAAUGUUGAUUCUGCUGUUGCUUCGGGUAAAUAAACAAUAUACUACAUGAUUUCAAAAUCAACACUAAUGUCAAGUUGAGGUAGGCACUAGGCACUGGUUAUGCAGAUGACAGUUUUGACAGCACUUGUAGUUCUCUUUGGCUAGGAGAUGCAACAAAUGAGUUUCCUCUCCUAUUGUGUUUUGAUUCGCCUUUUGUAUAACUACUGAUUUACGAUGGCUGACAACAUGGAAAUACCAAUUUCAGCUUUUAUUUCA